CUAAGGUGGACAUGCAGCGACAUGUUGAAGGGGAAGUUGACAGUCUCCUGUGUGAGGUCCGACGGCACAACACGAGUGUCGUGGCGCGCUGGCCUGGCCAUGGUGCACAGGAGCAUGACACCUGGUUUACCUGCACGCUGCGUCACAGCAAAGGCCUAUUCGUGGCCACUACCUUCCUCAGACACAGUCCUUCCGACAUCAAUGCGCCACGGCCAGAGUCUGGAAUCUGGGCACCCAUUGCAGAUCGAGAAACUGUCAGCACCUCAGCUGUGAUGAUCAUAUCGAGCAGCACCCCCACUGUAAACGUUGGCCUGGUGAAAGAGCAGAUGUUGAACUGCGAGUUCGCCGUGGACCACAAGUCGCCCCACAUCACCGUGGAGUGGCGGCUUCAGCGCACAGGGGAGCCUACUACCAAGCUCCUCAGCUAUUCGGGCCACACGAAUAAGGUCAUCGGCAGUGGGGACGCCUCCUUUAAGAUCCCCUUGACCAAGCGGGCCAGCGAGGGCACGUAUAUCUGCUCGGUGUACGUGCCUCCACUCUACGGCAGCCUCGGCAUCGCCCUGCAAAUCAUGGAGCCGCCACAUGUGUCCCUGACUGUGAGUGCAGAGCUGUCAUUGGCUGUGGGCGAGGAGCAGAAGGUGGUGUGCGAGGCGGCGACCUACUACCCCCUCGACGUGCGCAUGGAGUGGCUGAAGGAGUCAACAGUGCCGGGCGCUAGCCGCAUGCCAGAGGUGUUGAAGCAGGUCCAGCUCUCCAGCCACCGCCGCCACCUGCAUGACACCUACUCCCUCUCGGCCUUCUUCCUCCUCAAGCCUUCGCUGCAGGACUCAGGCUACCGCUACACCUGCCGGGUGGAGCACGCCUCCCUCCAGUACCCUAUACGCAAGAGCUUCACCCUCACAGUCACUGAAAGUGAUUCACUACUGUGGUACGCUGUCUCUAUCGUAAUCGUGAUCGUAAUACUGGUGCUACUGCUCAAAAAGCUAAAUGCAAUGCGAGAGGCACAAAAGAGGAAGCCUUAUUGAAUGCAGCUGAAGAGGAAUAAGCCACCUUCAGCUUGAUGCCUCCAGUAGAGUCAGAAGUGAUCUGGCUAAAAGCCUGUUCACAUCUACAAUUAUAAAGAUGACUACAACUUUUACUUUGUAAAAAUCGGUAUAACAGGCAUUAUCGUUGGCUGGUGGGAACAGGAAUCUUUACAGUCCUAGUUAUCUUCAUAGUUACUGUUGUAGAUGUGAACGGGCCUUAAUGCUGCUGAAGGGGAUCUACUCACACCAGUCUACAGGAAGCUUCCUCUAGCAUGCUGGGAGUUGGAGCUGCACACUUGCUUGGAAGUUCAUGUUGUGCCAUGAUAGCAGACGGAGAGCAAGUAUGUGACUGGGACUCUCAGGUUUUCAAGAAAAAUGUGUUUUAAUGUAUGCUUUUAUGGUGUGACUAUUUAUUAAUUUUGGAUUCUUGAAAAAAAAUCUAAAUUAACAGAUAAACUGGCUACUUUUGCGUCCUGCUUGCUUAAAGCAAGACAUUAUGUCAGAUCAGAUGUUUGAUUUCAUUUUAUGAGGUGGUGGGUGGGUAUUUUAUUGGGUUAUUGGGUGGUGGUAGGGUUAUGAAGGUUGUUUUAUCUUGAAAUCUGUGCAACGGGAGUCACAGAUAAUUGCACUUUUUUGUUCUCUGUUUAUGCACAAAUUAUUUAAAUAAAUAUGAAAUCAGAGAAGGAAUGCGUUUGACCUACUAAAAGAGUGCCACAUUUGUGUUCCUACUUGGGUGACUUAAUGUUGGCCUGCCACCAGAGGUGGAAAGAGUACUAAAAUAUUGUACUCAAGUACAAGUACUGUUACUCUGUUGAAAAUGUACUCAAGUACGAGUAAAUUUACCAGUCAAAACAUCUACUCAAGUAAAAGUAAAAAGUAAAUAAUUUAAAAUGUAUUUUGAGUAAAAGUAAAAAGUUACUUUUUAACAAUUAGCGUUUUAUGCCUCUUGAUGUGCAAGGGGUGCACUGGGUUAGAGGAAGAACAGCUAAUGUUGAUCUCCUCUGAGUUAAGUGAAUCUCCAUCGUCAGCCUCCAUGUCAGCCAACAUCGUUUGAGUGAGAGACAGGUCGCACGCGCCAACUCUUUAUAAACUAGGCUAGAAUUCUAGAGUUUUUUUGUUUGUUUGUUUGUUUUUUUUACUCUGUAACGCUUGUGCUGUAAAAUGUACCGAAGUACAUUACUCGGAAGAAAAUGUACUUAAGUAAAAGUAAAAUUACAAAUUUUAAAAAGUAGUUUAAAAUGUACAAGUACACAAAAAAGCUACUCAAUUACAGUAACGCGAGUAAAGUAAUUAGUUACUUUCCACCUCUGCCUGCCACUGUCAAUAAACCUGCUAAACACUAAACAAUAAUCACUAUAAACAUUAUUUCAUGAAUACAUACCAGAAUUCAUGAAUACUCGAUCCAUAUAAAUCUCUCCAGCUUUGUUCAGUAAUAUUCAAACUGUCUGCAACAGAAACUUCAACAUCCCCCUUUUUCAGUCCACCCCCUUGACUGAUUGUGCAGUGUUUGAGUAAUCUAGCACUCAUGACACGUUGCCUGAUGCAGUUAAAAUUAUUGUUUUACUUUCUGUCUGCAGUGACUGUUUUGUUGGAACAAGAAGUGAAAAAAUGAAAUUGUUUGGUAUGCAUGAUGUCCAUUAUAACAGUAGCUGAUGCCACAAUACUUGAUGAUUACAAUACUUUCUUGUGCCACAUGGAGGCAGUAUUGUCCUCUGCAAAACAAGAUAUUAAUAACAAAUGUAUUUUUAUAUGACAGAAAGGUAAUGACUGUUGUUAAAGAUGGGAUGUACUUACAUGCCUGAAGUUGUUGUUGAAAUUGUUUUGAGACAAGACGUGCAUUUUUCAGAGGUAGUGAGGAGUUUUGCCUGUUGUGUGUGAGGUUUGGAGAUUUGUGUGUAGAGUUUUGAGAAUUCGAGAACUGAUUCCGAAAAGUGUGUGUAAGCAAUCGAGAAAAACUGUAGGCCUAAUAACAAAUGUAUUUUUAUAGCCUAUGACAGAAAGGUAAUGACUGUUGUUAAAGAUGGGAUGUACUUAGAUGCCUGAAGUUAAUUAUGUUAACAGCUUUUGAGUGGACAUGUAUGAAUGUAAGAAAUUGAACAUGAGACGCAAAAUCAUAUUGUGAGUGACUGUUGUGCAAGUGCAUGUGACAUGUGAUUUUGGUGCACAACACAAUGCACUGAGAAUGUGAAAACACUGACAAUGUGUAGAAGAAGGCCAAAAAAGAUCUUAUGGCAAGAUAGCAAUUAAUGUUGCAUUUUAUGCAAGAACAGUACUGCUCCAAUACAUCUCAAGCAUA